CUGUACACCUACGUAAAUAUGUAUAUAAAAAGGUAUUUUUUUUAACGACGUCAUUCUAUAUCGUACUGUACUGAAAAGAUCUCAAACAAAAAUAAGCAACUACUGGUAGUGCAUAUAAAAUGGUACUUCUUUUUCAUUUAAUUUCUAGUGUGAUAGUGUUUAGUUCAGUAUCCUGUUUUUCGUGGGAUUAUUUGGUCGGUUUAGUGAAGGAAUAUGAAAAUUAUAAUCGAAGGUACCAUGAAAAGAAUAGCAAACUCCAAUUUGGUUAUUUUCUGAAAACUCCAAGAAAACUGGACGAAGAUAAGAUAGAGGAAAAGGCAUUACUAGAAUUAAUUUCACUAGUAGCCUCGCAAACAAUAAAUAAACCUACAUUUACUAGUGAAUUCGCUGUUGAAACAGACCCUUCAUUGAUGGAUAUUUCAAAUAAUAAAGAAAAUAAUUUGUUAGUGGGAAAUAUUGUAACUACUGCAAAUGAUAAGUUACUUGCAGAAAAUAUCAAUAGUAUCGACUUAGACGAAGCACAAAGUUCCGUUAGCAGUUCGACAGCACAGCUGGACAAUAAAUCUUCAAACAACAAAGAAACAACUGCAAAAUGGUUAUCUUACAUUCCUAAAAAUUACUCUACAAUCAAAGGUAUCGUGCAGGAUUUACCGAAACGUACCAAAAAACAAAUUAUAAUAUAGUUGUCAAACAUUUUAACUGUCUAUAAACUAUGUAACGCAAAAUUCAUAUAUUUUUGACCCCUUUUUCUCCUACUUAAUAGGACCGUACCGCCCGGCCUGAACCUUCCCCCUCCUCAUCCGUUAGGGUUGCCAAGUUUAAUAUUUAGAUUGUUAGGACGAGUAGGACACUAGAGAGAAGAUGAUGACAAACAUAUAACAUCUAUCUAACGGUUGGCAACCCUACUGCAUUGUAAAAGUUGUAGGAUUGAAUUCAGGCAACAAAGUUUUUUUUAUUUUCAACAAUAAUUCACUUUUAAAUAAACAAUGACAAUUUCUAAUUAACAUUAAACCGUGGUGACCUAUUGCUAAACAACGAAAUUCAUUUAGAGAAUUAUUCUUUCUAUUCAAACCAUGACCCCCACCGCAUAGCGGCACAGCCCCCCUACAUAAACAGGACCGUAACGUCAAUCUGGACCCCUCCUCCUCCCCAUUUUACGUUACGUAGUUUGUAGACAGCCUUUAGAAAUAAAUAGAAAUUCAUCAGUUGACAAAUGUUUGUUUUUUAUACUGUUAUUUAGUUUUUUAAUAAAUAAAUUUUAACUUAGUUGCAAUUUUAUUUUAAAACGUUAACUUAUAGAAUAGAUUAAUCGUA